UCGCAGGAGGUUUCAAGGGUGCGAUGUGCGCCGCUCUGAAAGAGGGGAGAAGGGAGGCGAAUUGUAGCUGCAAUUCCCGGGCCGUGCAAGGCUUGCUCCUGGCACCAUGGUGCUCUCCGCGGGGCAGCAGGUGCUGAUCUCCGCCGUGCUGGUGUUUUGCGUUUUUGUUGUGAUGCCCAGGAUGUUUGGUGGAGGAGGUGGCAGGUCCCCACGCCCUGCUAGGGCUCCCUCCGGCCGCCCCGAUCCUUAUCAGCAUCGUCACGGUGGACCUGAGAAAAUUCUCCAGUCCCACACAAAUCCAGGAAAUGCUGGAAGUAAAACAUAUCAGAGCAUCCAGCAAAUGAGGAAUGCAAUGGAGAAGGAGUUCAAGACUGAGCGCACCAGAGGGAAUGGCAAAGACUUUGCUUUAACACUCAUGCCCUUGUAUGCUAUUGGUGUGGGGGUAUUUGCUUUAUACAAAUUUUUAAAGAUGAAAUCUCAAGAGGAAAGUUUACCUAUAAAAGAAAAAAUUACAGAAGAUAAAACAAAAGAAACAGAAUGCCAGCUUUUGGAGUUAGAGCAACAUCUAGAGCAGACAGAGAAAAUGUUAAAUUCUUUAUUGACUCAGUUAGAUCCACUUUCAAACUGCAUUAAUGCAUUGGCUUCAGAACAGAAAGAUGAAAUAAUGGUACAACUUGAAUCCAUUAGGAAGCUUAUGAAAGAAAGUGGAUUGGACAAAUCAACUGUGAAACCACAAGAUAUUAGCCACACGUGUCAAGAGAAGCUUGAAGAUCUCAUUCAUUCGUUCAGUGGACACUGUGAAGAAGAGAUGAGUGAAGGUGGUAAUGAAAGCUGUGGACACGAAAUGCUGUUUGGAGAGAAUGAGGAACAUUGUGAGGAAGAAAAGCAUGAACAUCAUGACCACGAUGAGCUCAUACUCAGUUCACUGGAGCAGCCAAAGAAGACAGAAGUUACCGGAAUAAUUAAUGAAGAUAUAUCAGAACCAGAGUCUGAAUUAAGAAGACGUAAUAGAAAAUGAAUGAAACAUAGAACAUUACAGUGAAUUGUUGCACAAACCUAGAUGCACUUCUAACUUAUUCUGGACUGGAUUCCCAACUACUGUAACAUGCUUUAAAAACAGGAUCGUUAUGAAGCUUUUCAUUAUCUUCAGAAUAACUUAACAUAUUAUUUAAUUGGAGUUCUGUGCGGUAUUUCUUCAUAUUUUAUUAGGAAAACUGAGGAAUGGCAGUAGAAUAUGUCAUAGGCAUUUUAAUUUGUUUCAUGGUAAGGCAGGUGUUUGUAUAUUAGAUGUUCCAGCAGUCAUAACUUGGGCAAGUAGUGACUGGCAUUCUGCAACGAGACUCGUUGGUUGCUUUGGCUACUGAGUUGCAAUGUUCUUUUUCCUAUUUGACUGGUAUUUUCUCUUUGUUUGGAAGAGCUAAGUUAUCUCAGAACCAUUGCAUGAUUCAUUUACAUGUUUUGAAAAUCACAUUUUUCAUUAACAUUUUUCAAAUGUUUCAUUCAAAAGUAUCAAAAACUGCUUGAUGAAGCUUAACAGAGAAAGAGAAUGAAAUGUGAUGUAUAUAAACCAGUUCCUACCUAUGAUGUGUAUUUUCUAUGAGAAUAAAUUGGAAAAAUGGAGGAA